ACCAAGACACACCUUUGUCAGGACUUGUCUGGAAGCAAAGAACUGAAAGAAACAAGGGGGAGAGAAGGAGAAGUGAACAUUUUUGAAAGAUCACUCAGCUUUAACACACCUUGGCUGGGUCUGGAUAAAAAAAAGAAAGUGGGCACUGCAAACCUCUAGAAGAAAACGUCAGGGGAAGACAGCGGGGGGAUUUAUUCAAAGUCGUUUCCCAUUCCUUCAAAAUCUCAAACUAGGUGGCUAUGGUAUGGAUGUAACCAAGAAAAGCAAACGAGAUGGCACCGAAGUCACUGAAAGAAUUAUCACCGAAACCGUAACUACAAGACUUACAUCCUUACCACCAAAAGGGGGGACCAGCAAUGGCUAUGCUAAAACGGGUGGAGGGAGCCGGCUGGAGAAACAGAGCCUGACACACGGUAGCAGUGGCUACAUAAACUCAAGUGGAAGCACACGAGGCAAUGCCUCCACCUCCAGUUAUCGGAGGGCUCCUUCACCUGCCUCCACUCUGCCCAACUCACCAGGCUCAACCUUUGAAAGGAAAGUUCACAUCACCCGCCAUGGAACAUACGAAGGGAGCUCCAGUGGCAACUCUUCUCCAGAGUACCCUCGGAAGGAAUUUGCGUCUUCUUCAACCAGAGGACGAAGCCAAACACGAGAGAGCGAAAUCCGAGUUCGACUGCAGAGCGCGUCCCCGUCUACCCGAUGGACAGAGUUGGAUGAUGUUAAACGUUUGCUCAAGGGCAGCCGAUCAGCAAGCGUGAGCCCCACGCGGAAUUCCUCCAACACACUCCCCAUCCCUAAGAAAGGCACUGUGGAGGCCAAAAAGGUGACAGCGAGCUCCCACUCAGUGUCCAGCACCUAUGACACAACUACCCUGGAUGCCAACCUUCCCUCCCACCUGUGGUCCUCCACCUUGCCGGCGGGGUCCUCCAUGGGAGCCUAUCACAACAACGUGACAGCCCAGAGUUCGUCCCUCUUCAAUGCCAAUGCCUACUCUGCAGGAUCAGUCUUUGGAGUUCCAAACAACAUGGCAUCCUGCUCACCCACUCUGCACCCCGGAAUCAGCACCUGCUCCUCAGUGUUUGGUGUGCAGAACAACCUGGCCCCCAGCUCAUCCACCCUGUCGCACGGUGCAGCCACCACCUCCACAGCAUACGGUUUGAAGAAAAACAUGCCCCAGGGCCCUGCCGUUGUGAGCACUGGCAUGUCCACCUCUGCCGCCUGCACCACCAGUGUCCAGAAUGAUGACCUCUUGCACAAGGACUGUAAGUUCCUGAUCUUGGAGAAAGACAGUGCGCCUGCCAAGAAGGAGAUGGAGCUGCUGAUCAUGACCAAGGACAGCGGGAAGGUCUUUUCUGCCUCCCCUGCCAGCAUCACUGCAACCUCUUUUUCAGAGGAUACCCUAAAAAAGGAAAAGCAAGCUGCCUACACUGCUGACACCUGCCUAGUAUCAGAGGCUAAUGGAGAGGUGAAGACUGUGUCCACAAAGGGCAAGGCCGCCUCAGCAGAAAUCCACGGCUACAACCAAUAUAACGGCGGCAGUGGCGUGAAAGGGGGAGGCGGUGGCGGCGGCGGCGGCGUUGGCGGGGGCUCGUGGGGGGCAGCACCAGCCUGGUGCCCCUGCGGCUCCUGCUGCAGCUGGUGGAAAUGGCUGCUGGGCCUGCUGCUCACCUGGCUGCUGCUCCUGGGGCUGCUCUUUGGCCUCAUUGCUCUGGCGGAGGAGGUGCGGAAGCUGAAAGCGCGCGUGGACAAGCUGGAGCGAGUCAGCGGUGGGGUGCUGCACGACGAGGAGACGAGGAGGAACAACAAGGAGUGGCUGCACGGGGAGGCGCCCGGGGUGGGCGGAGGCCUGGACAAGCCAGGGCUAGGCGGCCACAGUCAGGAGGCGCUCUGGCUGUUCGUGAGGAACAAGCUGAUGACAGAGCAAGAAAACGGCAAUCUGCGAGGAAGCCCCGGCCCCAAAGGUGACAUGGGAAGUCAAGGCCCUAAAGGAGAUCGAGGGCUCCCUGGGAUGCCAGGUACUCCUGGGAUCUUGGGCAAACCAGGUCCAGAAGGACCAAAGGGACAAAAAGGCAAUGUGGGAGAGCCUGGCAUAGAGGGACCCAUGGGCCAGAGAGGGCGUGAAGGCCCCAUGGGACUUCGUGGUGAACCAGGGCCACCUGGGUUUGGAGAGAAAGGAGACAGAGGGCCUGCUGGCGAGCCGGGUGUUCAUGGUCCGCCUGGUAUCCCAGGUGUUAUGGGUCCCAAAGGACCUGCUGGCCCGGAUGGACAACAAGGCCCAAGAGGCGAACAAGGUCUGACAGGGAUGCCUGGGAUCCGAGGCCUACCAGGACCUUCUGGGGACUCCGGAAAGCCAGGUCUCACUGGACCCCAAGGACCUCAGGGACUUCCUGGCACCCCUGGCCGCCCAGGGCCUAAAGGUGAACCGGGAGCUCCAGGCAGGAUCAUGACUGCAGAGGGGUCAUCGACUCUCACUGUCCCAGGCCCCCCGGGACCUCCUGGAGCCAUGGGACCCCCGGGACCUCCAGGUGCCCCAGGCCCUGCUGGCCCAGCUGGUCUCCCAGGACAGCAAGGCCCGCGAGGGGAGCAAGGACUUGCUGGUGAAUCAUUCCUUAGCAGCAGCAGCGGCUCCAUCUCUGAGCUCCUCUCUGCCCAGGGUCUUGAUUUACGAGGUCCCCCAGGCCCACCUGGGCCACCUGGGCCACCAGGACCGUCCAUUGCAGGCUCGACAGAUACCUUCUACUCUGGCCCUAGAGGCCCACCUGGCCUCCCAGGCCCCAAAGGAGACCGAGGUGAUCCCGGGGUCCCAGGGCCUCCUGGCAUUCCUGGUGGUCCCUCUCGAGGGGAAUCAUCAUCCAGCACCACGUUCCUGUCUGGCCCGCCAGGCCCCCCGGGGCCCCCUGGGCCCCCGGGCUCCAUCAGCAGCUCCAGCCUGGAGAUUCAGCAGUACAUCUCUGAGUAUAUGCAGAGUGACAGUGCCAGGUCUUAUCUAUCUGGAGUUCAGGGUCCUCCGGGCCCACCUGGUCCCCCUGGGCCUGUCACCACCAUUGGGGGUGAGACUUUCGACUACUCAGAGCUGGCGAGCCUCGUCGUGAGCUACUUACGGACUUCGGGGUACAGCAUCAGCUCAUCUGCCUCCAUCUCUUCUGAAGACAUCAUGGCUGCACUCCGGCGGGAGGAUGUGAUGCAAUAUCUACGUCAGUACCUGACGGGCCCUCGGGGUCCCCCGGGGCCGCCAGGAGCCAGUGGAGAUUGGUCCCUCCAGUCUUUGGACUACGCAGAGCUGAGCAACCGCGUUCUGAGCUACAUGUCGAGUUCUGGAAUCAGCAUUGGGCUUCCUGGACCGCCGGGCCCCCCUGGCUUGCCGGGAACAACCUAUGAGGAGCUCCUCUCCUUACUCCAAGGGUCUGAAUCCAGAGGCAUCGUUGGGCCCCCAGGUCCCCCUGGGCCACCAGGGAUCCCAGGCAACGCGUGGUCCAGCAUCAGCGUGGAGGACCUCUCAUCUUAUUUGCACACUGCUGGCUUGUCAUCCAUCCCAGGCCCUCCAGGCCCCCCUGGUCCCCCGGGCCCUCGAGGGCCCCCGGGGGUGUCAGGAGCUCUGUCAACCUAUGCAGCUGAGAACAGUGACAGCUUCCGGAGUGAACUGAUCAGCUACCUGACAAGUCCUGAUGUGCGCAGCUUCAUUGUUGGCCCCCCAGGCCCUCCCGGGCCCCAGGGCCCACCUGGGGGCGGCUACCUGGGGUCCAUGGACGGCUCCUACAGUCAUGGCAGCAGCUCCUCGCACAGCUCGUCCGUGAGCAGGGGCACCUCCCACAGCUCUUCCUUGGGCAUAGGAGGAGCCAAUGGAGGCUCCCUGGGUGAAGGGGGCUAUGGGGCAGCAGCAGAAGGUGGCGUGUAUGGUGCUGACAGUGGAUUAUUCGGGGCUGGCUUUGCUGGAGGUCUGGAUUACAACGAGCUGGCUGUCCGGGUAUCUGAGAACUUGCAACGUCAGGGCCUGCUGCAAGGGAUGGCCUACUCUGUCCAGGGCCCACCAGGCCGGCCAGGGCCCCAGGGGCCCCCUGGCAUCAGCAGGGUCUUCUCUGCCUACAGCAACGUGACUGAGGACCUCAUGGACUUUUUCCGAACGUAUGGAGCCAUUCCAGGACCCCCUGGGCAGAAGGGAGAGGUGGGCAUCCCAGGACCCAAAGGUGCGAGGGGCCCUGCUGGGCCACCUGGCUAUCCUGGGCCACCCGGCCCUCAAGGGCAGAAGGGAGAAAAAGGUGACAAAGGUGACCAAGUCUAUGUUGGGCGGAGAAGGAGAAGCAUCGGCCUCAAGCCAUGAACUCCCCAUGGCGUCACAGCCCCGGGCCAGUUCUUGCAAUGGCUUAUGGUGCUUAGGUCAAAAUCUCUCUGAAGGGUGAAAACUGGAGUCUCAAAGUCCUACUGACACAGCAUUGCCAAAUAGUCAACUGGAGCACUUAUUUUAGUCUGAACUAUAUGUAUAAAUAAUUCAGUCAGACACGAAUCUGAAACAGCUUCACUGGAUAGACCUGAGUAGUUGCAGUGCUGCAGAAUGAGCCUCACUUCCCCACUAUCUGAUCUGAGCUCCUUGGCCUCUUUAACACAGUGCAAGCCCCAACCUAGGGUGCCAGUUACAUAAAAGUUGGCUCAGGACUCCUUGAGCUUUGCCUUAAAAAUGAGCCCAGAAAAUGGAAGACGGGGAUGAGAGGGGGGUGCCUUCCUGGGGGUGACACUUGAUAGGGGACACGCUCUAGUUAAUGCUGUAAAGCUGUGCUAUCGGCUCCUUCCUCCCGUUCACUCUGCAUUCUCAAGUCACAGAAAAGAGUUGGCUAAGAAGCAACUCUAGCAACUGAAAACAUUACGACAUUCACUUCCCCUGAGGGUGGUGACAGGGUUUCUACUGGUUAUUUCUCACUGUAUCAUAUUCCCACUUGCUUAUAAAUUUUGUUUGAUUGUAGAUGUGAUCUGUAUCCACAGGUCAACGCUCAAGUUUAUAGAUAUGUUAUACUGAACUAGACAGCAGUCAAUAGGAAAAGAAGGGCAAGGGGCAAGGAAGGGGAAGAGGGAAAACAGACUAGAACCUGCUGCUGGGGAGAGACGGCACCUCUGUUCUGCACUUGGGGAAUGGCACUGGGGGCUGGGCGCAGUAGGUUUCUAAGCAUUUUUUCAAUGUCUCAAAACAUGAAUGUGGUCUAUUAGAUGAAAAGUGACUUCAAUUGUAAAAAUUUCCAAUUAAAGGAUUUUUUUCCUUUUUUACUA